AUGCGAGACAGAAUUGCAGCGCUGACGGAGCUGCGCAACAACAUUCAGUCCAAGCAGAAGUCUCUGAAGCGAAGACGUGGCGAAAGUUCGGUCUCGUCGUCAACUGUGUCUUUGAAGGAAGGGCUGACGAAGCUGCUGGAGGAGCUCUCCACCUUGAUUGACCUGACACGACGGUUGAAUGCUUGCGCUCCCACAGAGGGGAAGAAUCUCUAUGAUGCCAUUUUGGCGGUCAGUGGUUUGACUGUGGGACAAGAGGUGUGGAAGAGAGCCAUGAAAGCUUGGACCUACGAGGUGCUGAAGCUGGCUUCCUGGGACUGCUUUUUCGAUGAGGUUUUGGCACAUUGCAAGAAACACCUUCCGGAUUGUCCGGAAUUCUUUAUGAGCCUUGCCAACUUCGUUCUGACGAGACUGGUGAAAUCUGUACCAACGUCCAAACCGAUCAGCGCUGAGUCCACCGGGUUCCUUCGCAACUUCGUUGACUCUCUGGCGAAGCAUGCCAGUGCAACCGGAUCUGGCAUGGACCACGAAGACACGCUGUUGGAUCUUGCAGCGGUGUUGAAUUUCGGAGCUGCACCAGGACGGGUGAUCAAAUUCUGCGAGAACCUGGACAAUUCCGAGCACUGGGCCGUUCAGGCCCUUGCUUCAAAGGAGGGCAAGAAGAUCACCCAGGCCAUGCUAGAGAACGCGCGCAAGCGCGAGUCAAACACGAAACUUCUUGAGGCGAUUGAAACUGCAAUUCGGGAGCAGCUUGGCAAAUCAGAUGUGGCCGGGCUGGAGAAGACAGGACUUUGUGAACCAGGCAUUGACUUGGAGCAGGUGAAGGAUCGCUUCACUGCUGAGCAUGGAAAGCUCGUCAACACUCAUUACACAUUCGUCAGCACCAGUAGCUUCAAGUGCCUCAAGGGAGCUGAGCGUGACAGCGUGACAAAGCUGCGAGAGACAACACGGGCAGCAGCCCAACUCAUCGUGAGCUCCUUCAUCCACAACGAUUUCCUGCCUUACAUGAGCGACCUUGAGAGCGGAUUCACCUUCAAAAAAGCCAAUGUGAAUCCAGUCCUGACUGAUGAGUCAUGCCUUUGCCAACUUCAGGGUGGUGCUUUAGGCAACGGCAGUGGUCAGGUGAUCGAGACUUUCAAGGAGUUCAGCGUUUUCAUGAAGGACUUAGCAGCCACAGCCGCUUUGCUUUUCGAUCCCGACAACACUGAGGGCAUGGAGGCAGUCAAGGCCCAAACGUGGGUUCGCAAGUGGCAAAGCCAAUCUGGUUCGCUGCUGAAAGCUGUGGAGGCAUUCGAGAAGACAGCGCCGGCCAGUUCUGAGCAGGAUUCUGUCCUUGCGGCAACUAUGAAAGGUGUGGUGGACAACAUGGAGACGUGUGUGCAGGAGAUCUUUGGCGAGCAGCUGCAAUCGAAAGCUGCUGAGUGCACCAAACCAGGAUUCGAUUUGCUGCAUGGAUUUCUGGAGGAUGAAGGGUUCCUGACAAAGGAGCGCUUUGCGGAGUUCAAGAAGUGUUUUGAAGAGGCAUGCCUUAUCGCAACAGCACUGCCCAAAGGCGACGCGUUCAGAGCCGCGCUUCCGACUAUGUCCGAGUUGGUGGAGAUGGCCUUCCUUUGCCAUGGUCCCGAGAAAGAUUCCGUGACAACAAAGUAUGCAUUCAUCAAGCAAGCAAAUCUCUGUGCUGAGAAAGGUGAAGGUGAGGUGAUGGAUGCACUCACCGAUCUUGCCAAGGUCACCACGCUGCGCGAAGAUGCGAAGCUGCUUGAGUUGGCUCAUUUGCACGGGAAGCUUGUGGCCCAAGGCAAAGAAGUAUUUGUGCAGCUUCGGGAAGCUUUCGUGCAGAAACUGGAUCAAGCUACAGUGAAGAUCUCCAUUCCGAGCGAAGUGGAGACGAUGUGCACAUUGGACUCCAUCACCUCGGAAUUUUUGGACAGUCAGUUCAACAUGAAGACAUCGUCUGCCGUGUCGGACAAGGCCAUCAGCAUGAGCACACUGCUUCGCGACGUGUCGGUCGCUUGCUCCUACAUGGGCAUCAAAGCCGAUGACUUCCUGGACCUUAAGCCCUACGAAAUCAACAACCGCGAGGGGCUCACCUUUUUGCGAGCAUGCUGGCCAGAACAGGGCUUUCAGGGCAUUCGCCGGUCAGCCAGCCAGCAUCACUUCAUGGGGGAGCCGCAAAGCCCGUGUGUGAAGAAGCGCCUUUGCGUGGAAGACCAUGUUGUUCUUCAAGCAAGGGCGCAGUUCGCACGGGCUCUCUCCCUGCCCUCCCCACGGAAUGGGCAUGCUUUGAGUGCAGCACCAAAGCAGAGCUUGCUGGCCAAGCCCGCAAGGGACCUGCACGAGAUUCAUCCUCCGCCCGCCCCUCUGAGAGCUUACCGGUUGACUUCGGCAGGCGGGCGGGCUGCAGAGCUUGUGGAUGGCAUGCUGCGGGCAGCGAGGUUCCUCCCUGAUGCUGUGAAAGGGGCAGAGAACCGGGGUCUUCCGGACGAGGGGCAUUUGCCGUCCCACCACAAGCGUGGUGAGAGGAUCCUUUUGCAGCAACAGGAUCACUUGGGUGGCGCAGCCGUCGCCAUCUCCGAUGGCCUUUGGCGUCUCAAGCCUUGGGUGAUGCUGCAGCCCGGGAAGUCUUCACCUUGCAACAAGCCUCCCGUUGUAGAGGCUGGCAAAGAUGAAGGGCAGAUUCCUGCUUCAGAAGUUUGGCGGAGUUUGAAUGCAUUUUUCGGUGCAAAAUCUGUGCGGUGCAAAAGUGCAAAGCAGUUGGCAUCAACAGGCUGGAGCGGGUCAAACUGCGUAGUGGCACUGUCAACGCACAGCAUCUGGGCCCUGGAUGUGCCUCAAAGAUUGGCCGCCUACACCACAGCAGCGGACUUGGCAAACAAGGUUUCGUGGCUGAAAGUGAUGGACCUGCCGCUCGAGAACCAAGAGGCCGAGGAUGAAAAUGGUGAGGAUGAUGACGAGUCGGAUGACGAAGACCCUGAGGAGCUUCACAAGGCUCUUGUCUGCUGGCCCCAAAGGUGUAUCGGGAACCUGAUGCACUGUCUCGCCAGCAAAUCGAUUCGGCGAGCUGCUGAGCGUGGGCAGAGGCCAUCGGACGCAGCGAUCAACGCCUUGAAAGAGGCACUCCACGCAGCGAAAGAGAACAAUGUCGAGCUGCCAGCGGCGUUGCAAGCGCUGGCUACUGGCUUCACCUCCAAGUGA